AUGGCACCCAGCUCUGCCAGCUCCCACCACCCCAGCCACACCCAGCUCUGCCAGCUCCCUCCGCCCCAGUCAUGCCCAGCUCUGCCAGCUCCCACCACCCCAGCCACACCCAGCUCUGCCAGCUCCCUCCGUUCCAGCCACACCCAGCUCUGCCAGCUCCCACCACCCCAGCCACACCCAGCUCUGCCAGCUCCCCUCCGCCCCAGUCAUGGCCAGCUCGGCCAGCUCCCCACCACCCCAGCCACACCCAGCUCUGCCAGCUCCCUCCGUUCCAGCGACACCCAGCUCUGCCAGCUCCCACCACCCCAACCACACCCAGCUCUGCCAGCUCCCUCCGCCCCAGUCAUGCCCAGCUCUGCCAGCUCCCACCACCCCAGCCACACCCAGCUCUGCCAGCUCCCUCCGUUCCAGCCACACCCAGCUCUGCCAGCUCCCACCACCCCAGCCACACCCAGCUCUGCCAGCUCCCUCCGCCCCAGUAAUGCCCAGCUCUGCCAGCUCCCACCACCCCAGCCACACCCAGCUCUGCCAGCUCCCUCCGUUCCAGCCACACCCAGCUCUGCCAGCUCCCUCUGCCCCAGCCACACCCAGCUCUGCCAGCUCCCUCCGCCCCAGUCAUAUUCAGCUCUGCCAGCUCCCACCACCCCAGCCACACCCAGCUCUGCCAGCUCCCUCCGCCCCAGCCACACCCAGCUCUGCCAGCUCUCUCUGCCCCAGCCACACCCAGCUCUGCCAGCUCCCUCCGCCCCAGCCACCCCCAGGAGUAGACAGUGA